AUGCAGUGCUACCCUUGGCAGGUCAUCUUCGGGGACGAUGGUUCACCUUCUCCGAUAGUUGACAACGUGGACCCGCUGCCGCCUCCAACUCUCUUGACCUUCUUCAUCUUCUUGUCAAUGAAGUCCACCGCGAAAUGGCUUAGAAGUGCUUCUUUCGCCACAUCUUGUAUCUCUUUCAAGCUCCUCUUCCCAGAUCCCAUUAGUCUCCUGUGUCGUCUGCAUAACAGAGUGUAG